AUGACGUCAACGGAAGAUUCAAUGUCCGAAAGUGAUGAAGCUUCUACUGAUGAGUCGUCGGAGGAAAUAAUCAUGGAAGAGGAACCUGGCAUUGAUAUAUUUGUGUUCGCAUCUGAAAUCAUGUACUUGCGCUAUCCACUCGACCACUUACCACGUGACCUUCUCUCACAGGUCAACCCGUUCUUCACAGCUGACCACGAGACCAGCAGGGACCUGUUGAGCUUCGACAAGACGGACAGUUCCUUCCAGACGGUGGAGACCGGCGCCAACGUGCGCAAGGUGGCUGGGAAGGGGAGGGAUACCAACAGGUCAGGCAUCGGGUUCCAGAGUGGGUCAGCUGAGGAAGAUGAAGAUCUGUUAGUGCUGGACGAAGGUCACGUGGGGAUUCAAACCGAUACGCUCGAGCAACAAGGAAGCGACAAUCCGCUCGCGCCUGAUACGUCAUCUGAGAUACGCGACCAGAAUGAACGCCGGAUAUCAACCGAUAACCGCCACGGCGUCAUCAUGCUGAGUGACGUCGCCAUGGACGUGCCGGAGACAGGGAAGUCGCUAAAGGCGAAGCUGUCGAGGUCCAAACCGGAAGUCCAAGAGGAGUUGCCUGUCCAGACCAUCCUACAGAACAUGGUGGCUGUCCAGCAGCAGAGCAGCAAGAAUCUGAGCAGCAACUCCAGGGAGAUGAAGGACGCCAUCAACAAGUUGACGCAGGUGGUCAGCGGCCUGCAUGCCAGCGUCAGGUCUCUGGUCAACAGGGAGGGCGGGGCGAGUCUGCAUCAGCCCGUGCCCAGUGUCAGGAAGGGGGCUAAGCCCAGUCACGCCCCGCGUACGAUAAGUGGCUUCUAUUAUGGGGACGUGCAAUACGUGGAGGUCAAGGUAAUUUUUAUCAGCAUCUCCGACAUCGACACCAUCAGCCAGCAGUUUGAGGCCGAGGUCUACAUACAAGCCAAGUGGUCGGAGAGCCAGUUUGCCGGCAUGUCUGAAGAGCAACUGCAGAAAGUCGAGUUCUACCAAUGCUGGGACCCGUGCCUUAAAAUCCUGAACGUCAUCGGAAGCCUGGACUCCGACAGGUCGACCAUGAUGCUCCAGUACGAGGAGGAUCGAAUCUACCCCGUGCUGACCUACAUGUGGCACGUGUCUGGUCUCUUCAAGGAGCAUCUGGAGCUGCAGCAUUUUCCUUUUGACGUCCAGGAGCUGAGCAUCGUACUAUCGAGUGAUCUCCCCUUGGAUGAAAUUGAACUAGUUGGAGAUUUUUUUCAUCCAAGCCACGUCAGUGUUCGAGCUUUAAAGGACAGCCAAGAAUGGAGAGCUUACCACCACGUUGAGAUGACACGUGACUUUACGACGCUGGAACACAUGGACAACACCAAACAUCCGGUUUUACUAGCCUCUGCGCAUGUCAGAAGAAGACUAGGAUUCUACUUUUGGAAUUUUGCAAUCAUAGUCCUCCUGAUACUAGGUCUCAGUCUGACAGUUCUGACCAUGGACCCUGCCGGAAGCGAUAGAUUAUCCCUAAUCUUGAUGCUGUUUUUGACGGCUGUAGCGUUUAAACUGGUUGUCAAGGCAACGCUGCCUACUAUUUCCUAUUUGACAUACCUGGAUAUCUACGUAGUGUUUACCUUGAUUUACCUGGCAUUCCAAGCUUUCGUCAACGCCAUGAUGACCCACCUGUCCAGGUUCAGAGAGAAGGCAAAGAUCAUGGCAUACGACGAGAUAGCUCAGACGAUCCUCGUCAUUCUCAUCGUCUUGUUCCACGCCAUCUUCAUCAUCUACAUCCAGCUGACGGCCUUUAGACGGCGAAGACAAAUGAAGCGUAAAGAUCACGAGUUUAAGCUGGCCCAACUUGCUAAAAAAGCAGCUCUGGCUAAAGUCGACCAGAACGCGAAAGAGACGCAGACGAUCAUCUCAGGCGAUAUUUACGCCAGUGACGCCGAGGCACCGAAAGACGCGGACGCCGGGAAAUCAAAGAAAGCACCCAAGAAGAAGAAGAAAUCAUUCUGGAAAUUUUAAGUGAAAUCCAUUGUAAAUAAUUUAACUUUUAUAAGUUAGGAUACUGUAUUUAUAGAAUCAUUUAUAUCAAACUUAAAACAUUGAUGUAC